CUGUUUGUUUUAAAGUAAGAAUAGGCGCGCUUUUAUUUCAUUUGCUGAAAGUCUCCGUGGCUUUUCAUCCUGCUCUCUGAUUGGCUGUUGGAAGACGUGAUGAGCUGGAAUGAAGAAGUCCCGCCCCACUCUCUGACCGCGGAGCUCAAUUAAAGUUAGUAAAACUCAGGAGCACGCGUGUGUUAGAUGGGUAAAUGGCUGCAGGAUUGAAAACGCGCGCCAGAGCUCGUUUACUGGCCACAGAUGAGGCAGAGGAAAGGCGUCAGGAGAGCACGGUGGUUCAGGGUGCCUCCUGUUAUGCACCACAGCCUUUUAAACAAGAUGUUCUGAAAUGGCAAAGUAAGGUUGAACAUUUAGAAAACCAAAUUAAAGACUUAAAGGAGGAUAAUGCAUUUCUGCGUAAACAAUUGGAGGACCAACAAAAGAAAGCUGAUGAAGCCAACAGAGAGACAGGACCCUCUGGUGAGGAUUCCAUGACAGAGUCAGACUCCGGCUCAGAAUCUACCUCUGAUUCUCUGACUACUUCAGACUUUGAAUCAAGCCUGGAAUCUGACUCUAGCUCAGAUGAAAAAAAGCAUAGGAAGUGGAAGCAUAUGAAAAGGGACAGGGAUAAGAAGAAGAAGAAAAAAGAAAAGGCAAAGAGGAAGAAAAAAGACAAGAAGACAAAGGAGAAAAAAACCUUCUCAAAAGAAAAGGUGAGCAGCAUAAAAGAAGUUGUCCGGAGAUACAGAAAGGUUCUUCGCUGCAUCCAGAAGGGAAUGAAAAUGGCUCAUGCAUUCAAAAAGGUUGCAGUGUCGAGGAAUGCUGUGAAGGGGAUGGCAGCCAUUGCAGAGUUGUAUCUUACUGAAAGACCACUUCUCAGUGGUUUUAAAGGACAAUACAAGACUCUCAGAGGCCUGGCCCACCUUUGUGCCACCAAAAUUCAAGGAGAUGAUGCUCUUGCUGCAAAGGUGGUCACAAUGAAAAGAGAGAAAAAACUGAUCCCUUUCAAUGUUGAUAAAGAAUACUGAAGAAGUGGUGUAAGGUAUGGUCUGCAUGUAAGGCCACAUGGUAUAAAAAUGACUAGUAAUGUAAUUAUAGUAAUAUAUAUAUAUAUAUAUAUAAAAAUUUGAAUAUCUUUGAAAAGUUACUUUAUUUCAGUAAUUCAGUUAAAAAUGUGAAACUCAUCUAUUAUAUAUAUGUAUUACACACAGAAUGAUCUAUUUUUAAGUGUUUAUUUAUUUUAUUGUUGAUGAUUAUGGCGUACAGCCAAUGAAAACCCAAAAAACAGUGUCUCCGAAAAUUUUAAUAUUAUAUAAGACCAGUUGGUACUUUUGGCAGUGUGGGCAGUGUGCCAAGUCCUGCUGGAAAAUGAAAUCCGCAUCUCCAUAAAAGUUAUCAGCGGAUGGAAGCAUGAAGUGCUGUAAGAUUUUGUGGGAAAAUAAAACUGCACUGAUUUUAGACUUGAUAAUAAAACACAGUGGAUCAACACCAGCAGAUGUUGCACAUGUCUCUCCAAACCAUCACUGAUCGGUGGAAACUUCACUAGACCUAGACUAGACUUCAUGUCUGUCAUCUGCUGGUGUUGAUCCACUGUGUUUUAUUAUCAAGUCUAAAGUCAGUGCAGUUUUGUUUUCCCAGAAAAUCUUAAAGCACUUCAUGCUUCUUCCCUCUGCUGAUUAUAACUUUUAUGGAGAUGCAGAUUUCAUUGUCCAGCAGGACUUGGCACACUGCCCACACUGCAGAAAGUACCAAUUGGUCUUAUAUAAUAUUUUAAUUUUCUGAGACACUGAUUUUUGGGUUUUAUUGGCUGUAAGCCAAAAUCAAUAAAAUAAAUAAACACUUAAAAUAGAUCAUUCUGUGUGUUUAAUACAUCUAUAUAAUAUAUGAGUUUCACAUUUUUAACAGGAUUACUGAAAUAAAGUAACUUUUCAAAGAUAUUCUAAUUUUUUUAGAUGGCCCUGUAUAUAAUAUAAUAUAAUAUAAUAUAAUAUAAUAUAAUAUAAUAUAAUAUAAUAUAUGUUUUUUUUUUGUUUGUUUUUUUUGGUGUGUGUUUAUAAUCUUUAUUCAGAACUUUAUACCCCUCUAGCCCACACCUGGCAUUAAAUGGUUCCAAUAGCUUUGUUUAUUAAUCUGCCCUAGGGAGAUAUAUAUUGUUGGCAUUACUUCUCUAAGGGGACUAAACAAGUUAAUGUUAAAGUUAAAGUUAAUGACCUGUUAAACGGUCACUUCUUUCAGACAUUUUUAUUCACAAUUACCUGGAAAAAUGUUUCAUAUAACAUUUGUGUUUAUGUGAAAAAAUGUGUAAUAAAACCUCUUCUUUUUCAAAUCCCUUGUACUUAUUCCUCAUUGCAUAUCU